CACUGCCUUUAAACUUCCUUGUGAAACCUUAAUAAAAGCAGAUUGUCUUCCACAUUCUCUCCUCCAACUCCUUUCUUCUUCUCUCUCUCUCUCAAACUUCCUUAAUUCCUUCGAACCAUCACAAAACAGAAUCAAUGGCAAAACAACCACUCUGGUCACCACCCGAGUUCGACGCCACAUUAAACUUCCCCUCCGAGUUCCCCUACGAGUUCGAACUAUCCUCGCCAGAAUCAACAGAAAGCAGUGACGAAGAAGAAAACUUCUUCGCAGGCUUAACUCAACGACUCAGUCAGUCAACACUUAACGAAACUCGCUCACAACUCAGUACCACACCACCCACCAAAACCCGUGACUUAGCCGGGUCACCUCAGUCUACGCUUAGUGGAAUCGGUAGUUGGUCGGGUCGUAGCAACAGCUCCGGCUCCGGUAGCCCCAACGGAAAUUCUCGUGUUCCGUCGCCGGUAACGGCGCCGUUUAACGACCCUUGGGAAGUUAUCUACGCUGCUGCAGGACAAGUUGCAAGGUUAAAAAUGAACAACAACCAAGUGGGUCCCACAAAUGCUAACAUUUUCUCCAAUCAAAGUUUCAACCAGGUUGAACGAGAAGUGAAAAAGAAGCAAGAGUGUGGUUUUGUUUAUGAAAGGGAAACGAAUCAAAAUCCUAAUUGGUUGAUUCAGCAACAACAGUUACUGAUACAAAACAGAAGGCGUGAACUUGGUUAUGAAUCUGGAAGAUGUAACGUUCCUUUGUCUUUUCAGUCUCAGCAGAAUCAAAGAGUUCAAUAUGGUGGAUCCGGGUCCGGGUUUCGGGUCAUGGUUCCGGGUGGAUCUUCUGCCAAAAGGGUUUCUGGUGGAACUGGUGUUUUUCUGCCUCGUCAUUAUCAUACCCCUUCAGAUUCUCGUAAGAAAACUGGUUGUGCACCUGUUAUGUUACCGGCUAAGACGGUUAAUGCUAUGAACUUGAACAUUGAGGGCAUUCAUGUAAAUGCACAACCGCGCUUCUCUAAUGUUUUUGUUAACGAUUUUGAUUUGUUGUUAGCGAGGAGAAACGCGCUUUUGAAGCAACAAAGAUUAAUUGCACGGCGGGAAGAAGCAGCCAGCUGUGAAAUUCGGUUACCUCAGGAGUGGACUUAUUGACUCUCUUGUAUUAAAAGAAAGCACAAAUAUUAUCCAAGGGAAAACUUUGUUGAAGAAAUUAGCAGAAGGGAUAUUUUGUUGUGAUAUUUAGAAAUGGGUAUUUUGGUUUUUUUUUUAGUAAAGGUUAAAUUCAAUAGUGUGUUUUGCUGGUGUAGUUGGAAUAAUGUAAAACUAGUUCUUGAGGAAGGAAGAUUUUAGCUUUUGGGAUCUGGUUUUAGCUGAAGAAAUAGUUGAAAGUAUAGCAAGUUUAGGGUAGGGUCUUUUUUAUUUUUUCCUUCUUCUCAUCAUUAUGUUAUAUUAUUAAUUUUAUUAUUAUUAACUAAUAAGAUAUUAGUGGGGAAUUUUCUUUCAUGUUAUGGUGAUGGGCGAAGGUAUGGUGUAGUGUAACAACAUUGGCCAAGUUAUAAUUUAAAGUCAAGCUAAAAGAAAAUGUGUUUGGCAUAUUUGGUUGAUUACCCUUACUUUUGUAAAAAAAUUCCUUGCUCAUUAGGGUAUAGUAUGUAAGAAGUUUAACUAUGCAAUAAAGAUGGCUCGUUUUAUGUAA